UUUUUGUUUUUGGACAAUGGUGAGGUCGCCAACGACGACGAGUGAGCGGCGCCGACGAGGUUGAUGGAAACCACGGAUUUAACUCCCGACGAGCUCCGUGACUCCGAGAGGACGGGGGCGGGGCUCGACAUCGAUCUGAAUGAGAGGAUCCCUUCGCCGGAAACCCUACCGGAUUCGGUCGACGUGGUGCGGUACUACCACGACAACCCCUCCCCGCCGCCGGGAGGCCCCGCCGGCGUUCCCGGCGGAGCGGGGCGCGGCUCGGCGUGCGCGUCGUGCGGGAAGCCCGAGGUCCGCGGACACGUGGUGGUCUGCGACGGCUGCGAGCGGGGGUUCCACCUUGCCUGCGCCGGAAUGCGCGGCCGCCAGGCUGUCAAUCUCGACGAGUGGGUCUGCGGCGAGUGUAUGUGCGGCGGCGUCAGGAGCAAGCGGUGGCCGCUUGGUGUUAAGUCCAAGCAGAUUCUGGAUAUUAAUGCUUCGCCGCCGAGCGACGGCGACGGCGAGGCUGACGUGGCGGAGGGAGUGAUGGAGUUGAGAAAGCACACUACCGGUGGUAAUUCUUGUGGUGAAAAGCCCUUUGGUGCUCCAGUGUCUUAUUCAAACUUCUUGUACUCCAGAAAUGGGUUUGGCUUGAACAAAGCUUCAGGAAUUUCGACACAAGCAGUUAAAUACGAAGAUAUAUUGCACCAUACGGAGACUGCUAGUGGAAGAUUUGAUGAAGUGGAAAUGAGUUUUCCAGUCGGAAGGCAUAGGAGAAGUAAUAAUACAGCUAUUAGAGUAUCAUCCCCGAAUUCAAAUGACAUAGUUCUGCAGGCUCUUAGAGAUUUUGUCUCUGAGAGGCAUGGAGUGCUCGAGGAAGGCUGGCGGGUAGAAUUUAAACAGUCAAUAGACAGUAGUGAACCAUAUUUAGUUUAUUGUGCUCCAAAUGGAAAGACAUUUGAUUCGUUAUCAGAAGUUGCGUACCAUCUUGGGUUGACAUCUGGCAAUUCUAUGGGGUCUGAAGUAAGAAAAGAAGGGUCUCUGCCUAUGAUAGAGAAAACUUAUCAACCCAGGAAAAGGAAGUCAAAAGGUUUAUCUGCCAAUGGAGUCACUGAAAUUAAGGAAAGUUUGGAAAUUUCUGCCUGUGGUUUUGUAAAUAAUGGAGAACAUACAGAAGUUGGAUCAAAGGGCUUGGGAUGCAUCGGGCCACAACACAAUAGUGAGGGACUUCCAGUCCAAUUUGAAGAUUUCUUUGUUCUUUCAUUAGGAGAAGUUGAUAAAAGGCCCUCUUAUCACGACUCUAAUUUGAUCUGGCCCAUAGGAUAUAGAUCGUGUUGGCAUGAUAGGAUUACUGGUUCCUUAUUUAUAUGUGAAGUUUUAGACGGUGGUGAUUCUGGUCCAGUUUUUAUGAUCAGAAGAUGUUCGUGCUCGGCCUUGCUGAUUCCCAGUGGUUCAACUAUUUUAUCUAGGCAAGCACUUGGUGAUUUUUGCACUCAAAGUGAUCAAGACAGUCAUGACACUUACGGAAAUGAUGCAAGUAUACAUAUGAUACUGUCAGAUCCUUCGCCUAUGGAAAAUGAUGUUUUUUCCUGCCUGACUGGUUGUUCAGAUGACGCGAGUGAUGUUCAGACAACAUUUCAAUUGCAAUUUGAUACUCAUUCUGUUUGUGAACAGUCUGAAUCUUGCUUGUCUAUUGAUUCGGCUGCCAGGGAUGACAUUGGUGAGAUAUUAGUAGAAGAUCAUUCAUCAUCUUCGGCUUGGGAAAGUAUGUCGCGGAAGAUCGUUAAUGCUUGUUCCGAAUUAUAUAAACAGAGAGGUGCUAUUAAGUUUUGCUGUAAGCAUCAAAAUGCUAGUGAAUUCCAUAACAGGGUUGUAACAAAUGACAGUAGCCAGGUGAACCAUACUUUGUUGGACAGGUUUUGUAGCUUACCCGGAUCUGACAGUGUACCAUCCAUCAGUCAGUCAGGUGAUGAAUCAGGUGCUUGUGAUGACAUAUCAAAAUGGCUUGACCAUGAUAGAUUUGGACUAGAUGUUGAUUUUGUGCAAGAACUUUUGGAGCAGCUUCCCGGUGCCCAGUACUGUUCUCAAUACCAAUUUCUUAGAGAUAGAAGUAACAGUUCAACAUUGCUAACUGUUGGAAAUGGGGUUCUAGUGGUCAAAAUGGGGGCUGGGUUGCAUGGAAAGGAAGAGGAAGUUCUAGAUGUUUUAUAUAGGAGGCCCAAAAAAGCUAAGUUGGCUGGGGUUCAAAUUAAGAAUGACCGUCCACCUCCUCUUGGGAAGCCAUUGUGCUUGAGGAUCCCUCCUGCACUUGUUGGUGACUUAUAUCAGGUUUGGGAAAUACUAUGGCGCUUCCAUGGUAUUUUGGGUCUAAAGGAGGCUUUUUCAUUAAGUGAACUUGAAGAUGAACUCAUAAGCCCUUGGUUUGCGAGCUCAGAUCUACCAGAGAAGUAUGAGAGUGAAAUUCAGGGCACCAAAGCUUUGAAAGCACAUAAAGUUGAUUGUAGAAAUGAUCUAGUUCUAUCUUCAAGCUCGAAGUCCGCUUCACCAGUUUCUAAGGAAAAUCCUCAUGCGUUCAUUCAUAUGGAAACUGGAGCAACGAAGGAGGCAGCUCAAGCUAAAAUCGCUUCUGUAACCUACAAUAGGUGUUCCGGCAUAGCUUUGACAAAGGCUCAUGCCUCACUGCUAAGAGUGCUCAUAGGCGAUUUGCAGUACAAGGUAGCUGCACUGGUUGAUCCGAAUUUUGAGUCUGGAGAGUUCAAGUCAAAGCGGGGAAGAAAGAAAGAUAUUGAUUGUUCUAUCCCUGUGAAAAGAUCUAAGCUACUCCCAAUUAAUGAACUGACUUGGCCGGAGUUGGCCCGAAGAUACCUGUUGGCUGUAAUAGCCAUGGACGGAAACCUUGACUCUGCUGAAAUUACUGGACGUGAAAGCGGUAAAGUAUUUCGCUGCUUACAAGGUGAUGGUGGCGUCCUUUGUGGCUCUUUAACUGGAGUAGCGGGGAUGGAAGCAGAUGCACUUUUUCUUGCAGACGCCACAAAGAAAAUAUUUGCUUCACUUAAUGGGGAAACUCAUGUAUUCACCAUUGAAGAAGAAGAGUCUGAUGGAACGGUGUCUGUUGAAACAAAUUUGGGAAAUGAUGGUAAUAUUCCAGUGUGGGCGCAGAUGCUGGAACCUGUUAGAAAGCUGCCAACAAAUGUGGGAACAAGAAUCAGAAAAUGUGUGUAUGAAGCAUUGGAAAAGGAUCCACCUGAAUGGGCAAAGAAAAUACUGGAACAUUCGAUCAGUAAGGAAGUUUACAAGGGCAAUGCUUCAGGACCUACAAAGAAAGCGGUUAUUUCACUCCUAGCAGAUGUAUUGGCAGAAGCCUUAAAACAGAAGUCUGAGAAGGGAAAAAAACGGAAGAUUAAUGUCUCCAUUUCUGAUGUUAUUAUGAAAAAAUGUCGCAUUGUAUUUCGUCGCGCGGCUGCUGCAGAUGACACAAGGGUCUUCUGCAAUUUGCUGGGAAGAAAGCUGAUGAAUCCAAGUGAUAAUGAUGAUGAGGGACUCCUUGGGUCUCCAGCCAUGGUGUCUCGACCUUUGGACUUCAGGACUAUUGACUUGAGAUUGGCAGCUGGAUCCUAUGGCGGAUCACAUGAAGCUUUCUCUGAGGAUGUUAGGCAGUUAUGGAGUAAUCUACGUAUUGCUUAUGGUGAUCAGCCUGACUUGGUCGAGUUGGUUGAGACGUUAUCUCAAAGUUUUGAAACAUUAUAUGAGGAGGUUGUUUCUCUUGACCAUAAAUUUUCGGAGUAUGCAAAGUUGGAAACCAUAACUGCUGAAAGUAAAAAGGAGAUUGAUGAUUUAGUUGCUUCGACGAGUGAUCUCCCCAAAGCCCCUUGGGAUGAGGGAGUCUGCAAAGUAUGUGGCAUUGAUAAAGAUGACGACAGCGUACUGUUGUGUGAUACUUGUGAUGCUGAGUAUCAUACUUACUGUUUGAUUCCUCCUCUUGCAAGGAUCCCAAAGGGAAAUUGGUAUUGUCCAUCUUGUGUUGUUGGCAAAAACAUGGUUCAAGAUGUGUUGGGACAUCCUCAUGUCAUUAGUCGACGCCGUGGUAAACAUUUUCAGGGAGAAGUUACACGCGUCUACUUGGAGUCUCUUACACAUUUAGCAGUGAAAAUGGAAGACAUCGAGUAUUGGGAAUUUCACGUGGAUGAGAGAACCUUCCUGCUGAAGUUCUUAUGUGAUGAGUUGCUUAAUCUAGGUGUUACUCAUCAACACAUUGAUCAUUGUUCUGAGACAUCGAUCGAGUUGCAGCAGAAGCUGCGUUCCUUAUCUGUAGAGUGGAAGAACCUCAAGUCUAGAGAAGAGUUCUUGGUUGCAAGAGCUGCAAAGGUUGAUGUCAGCCUUGGGAAGGAUUGCAUAAAGGAAGGGAGUUCUGCUUCAGUUGAAAACCAAGAAAAAUGUUUUGGCCACACACAUGCAUUUAGUGGCAGGUCCAACUCUAAUAUAGUCUUGGAUGGUAUGCCAGCAUCAGAGAGUGCCCUAGGGUUUGAUAAACUCCCAUCUGUCAGUAAUGCAGAAUACAAUAGUCAAAAUUCGGUGAUUGCUGAAAUUAGGCAAAAAGAUGGCUAUCCUGCUGUCCAAGACGCUAAUGGAGAAGCAAAUUCCAUUCAGCAUAUGCAUUCUGAGAAAAAUGAUAGAUCCUUGGGGAAUACGGAGUUGACUUUAUCAGAUUCUUUAUCACAUGAAGCCAAUGGCUCUAUUAGAGAAAUUGGUUGCCUUGAUCUACAACAGGAGGAUGUGGAGAGAGUUGUCUCUUCUUUUCAGCCUUCAGAUCAGGAAGGACUUUGUAUGCCUCCACAUAUGUCUGCUAUAAAUGACUCGCACUCUGACAACCUUGAGUUGAACUCUGUAAGAAACGACUUGUCACUUUUGCUAGAAUCAAUUGCUGCUGUAGAAUCUGACCUUUCCAAGGUUUCUGUGCGAAGGGAGUUUCUGGGAAUUGAUUCUUUGGGUGGCUUAUACUGGGCUUCAGCUAUGCCAGGUGAACACUCUCGAAUUAUUGUCGAUAGAAGUGUGUCAAUGCAGCAGGGGGUGAAGAUGGCAGAACACAGAGACCCUGUAUGGAGGAAUUCCAUCUCUCAAAACUUUGCUGCAACUAGCAUGAAAAGUGACCUGCCCUUAGAGGGAUCUAAAGCUCACUGUCCCUUUUCAUUUGAACCAAACAACGCUGUUGCAUUAACUUCACCUUGGGUUUCGUAUCAAACUGAUGCUGAGAUUGAUGAUUUGAUAGGUUGGUUAAAGCCCCAUGACCCGAAGGAAAAAGAGCUGAGAGAGUCGUUGUUGCAUUGGCAGAAGUCUAGGUUCGUGAAGUAUCAGCAAACUGGAAGUCGAGUUCUGGAUGAUCUCCCAAAGGCUUUGUCAGUGGCUAAUGGUGAAAAAGCUGCAAUGUCUAACCAUCUUGUUACUAGGGCAGCCAUGUUUUUGGAGAAGAUAUAUGGUCAAAGCUUUGAGUUAGAAAAUGUUGAUACCAUAGAAAAGCAGGAGAAGCGAGCUAGGCUAACUAAUGAUGAGAAAAUGCACAGGUGUGAUUGUUUGGAACCAAUUUGGCCAUGUAGACAUCAUUGCUUCUCUUGUCACAAAACCUAUAUGACUGACCUUGAACUUGAGGGGCACAAUGGUGGUCGGUGCACCUCAGGUACUGCAGCUUCUGAGAAGGGCAAGGAAAUAAGUGGUCCUCCUAUAGUUAAGGGAAGUCUGAAUCAUGUGAUAAAUAGAGAAGAUGGCAGAGGUGAGCUGACAAAUGGUGAGACUUCCAGAUCCGUAGGUUCGGAGCUUGAUGCAAAUUUGAUUAGAUUUCAGAACGACGGAUUAGUGUGUCCAUAUGAUUUGGAGGAGAUCUGUUCCAAGUUUGUGACAGAUGAUUCUAAUAGGGAGUUGAUACAGGAGAUUGGUCUUAUAGGUUCAAAAGGAAUUCCAUCUUUUGUUCCAUCCAUAUCUCCAUACCUCAGUGAUUCUGCAGUUGCACUGAUUACUCAGAGAGAUGUAUGUGAACUUGCUAAUGGAGAAAAGGCUGCUGAAGCACCGAGUUCAGAAGGAAACACUGGUGCUGGCACUGCAGGAUUUAACGGUCAUUCUGGCUUAGGUGAUGGGGCAGAAGUUCCAAAGGCCAGUUUUAAACGUCCGGGACAAAAAAAUAUGAGACCUUCGGGUACUCUUUCAAGUGUUGGGGUUGGCCACUACUGUGUCGUUCCCCAGACCUCUUUGCGGCCUAUAGUUGGCAAAGUUUCCAAGAUUUCCAGAAAACUAAAGAUCAAUCUUCUUGACAUGGAGGCUGCACUACCCGAAGAGGCUGUAAGACCAUCAAAGGCACAGUUGGAAAGGAGAUGGGCGUGGCGUGCAUUUGUCAAGUCCGCAUCGACAAUAUUUGAGAUGGUUCAAGCAACAAUUGUGCUGGAGGACAUGAUAAAGACCGAGUACCUAAGGAAUGAAUGGUGGUAUUGGUCAUCAUACUCAGCUGCAGCCCGAACUUCUACGAUGUCAUCCCUUUCCUUGCGUAUUUACUCCCUCGAUGCUGCUAUUUUGUAUGAGAAAUUGCUUCCAAAUUCAGAUAAUACUGAUGACUUGGAGCCCAACAGCAUACUUGACCAGAAUGUGGUGCCUGUUGUGGAUUCAACCGAAAAGUUAAGGAUAAGUAAGAAAGUCAACAAGAAGAGGAAAGAACCAGAGGGUUGAUUGUGGGAUAUAUGUUUCUAGCUUUGUGGUUUUGUGUGGUUAGCAACCUGGAUGGGUUGUUCCCAGUGGCCUUGAAGCGGCGUGCAGAUUAGGUAACAGUGCAUUCUGAUCGCUGAACCACAUGAGGAUGUGUUGGAUUAGACCAGACCAUGACAACUAUUUCGGAAGAAUGAAUGUGGUCACUGCUACUGCUGCAGCUGCCGAACCAUUUAUCUGUACAUAGAGGUAAAGCUGACAUGCUAACUGGAUGCGGAUGAUGAGAAGCAGUAUUUAUGUGAUAUCUGCUUCAGUGCGUUCAGGGACCGGGAUAAACUUGAUAUAUGCAGAUGGCCCAAUUUUGGAAUGGUUUCUGCUGAGCCUGAAAGUGUUGCUUGGAAAGGAAGAAGCCGGAGAACGCAUCAAACAUUCAAAUGACAGAAAAAAAAAAGUAAAAGAGAGAUCAUAUAAAGUUAUAGAGGGAACUAAUUUAACAAGGGAAAACAGAUGAGACAUUGGCAAAUUGUCGAAGCUGAGCAGGUUUAGUCAAUAUUUCAUUCUUUGGAUGGCUUCCUUAUGUGUCAGAUAUGUAUGUGUUUUGAGGGUUUUCUGCUGUUCAACCACCCCCACCGUAAGUCUUACCCUUUACUAGUUAGGUUGGUUAUUGCCAUUGGUGAGGUCAUUCAUGUGUAGGUUUAUAUUAGUUCAUCUUUCUGGAGGCUUUCUGGGACCAAUGUUGUUUUUCUCUUCUUUUUUGUCUCUUCUCUGUAGUACAGUAUCUCAGGGUCUGCCUUCCAUUUUGUAGUAAAGUAGCAGGUAUUAGAUGCAUUACAAGUCCAUUAGCUUGAUGUGCAAUCUUCAUAUGAAGAAUUGUAUCAUAGUUUAGAUUCGUUCGGCUUGUUACCUCAUCAUUGGCAAUGUGUCUGUGGAUAUGUAACCUUUUGUAUUUUGUGUUUUUUACUCGUGAAAUAGCAGUAGAUUUUUAGUUUA